UCCUGUCUCGCUUCCCGCACUGCCCCUUACUAACUUCGCACUUGGAAGGUGAAUCUUAUCUGAACUUGCAAACGAUAUAUCAAAUAUUCAUCUUCAAUUCAUCAUUCUUUUGUACUUACAAGAAUAUUAACAUUUUCAACGAAGACGAUAAAAUUGGGGAUCAAUUGUAUUCUUUAUAGGAUUUAGGUAUCUAUAAGAGCCCAUCUAGCUUUUGGCACCUGGGCAACCAUGCCACCCCAGACACGAUCUCGUGGCAAGUCAUCUGCUGGUGGGUCAUAUAGAUCAACUGCUGCAGCUCCCAAGCAACAAUUAUUUCCAGCACGUCGCAAGCACGUCAAGACUUACGGCCGCCCGAGAUCUGCACCCAAAGAUCCUAAGCAAGGAACAUUAACCCAGAUGGACUUCGUUUCGCCCUCCAUGCCUGAAGACCUUCUCAACUCGGAGGAAGAAGUUGAAGAUGAGAAUGAAGAUGUUGAAGAGCAAGAGGUCCCUCCUCCUGUAGAAGCCUCUAAGCCUAAGAAGAGAGUCCGAGAAUCCCGGCGCAAGACAGCUGGUGAUGAAUUAGCCACGGAUGAGAAGCCAGGAAAUACGAAGAGGCGCAAGACUUUAGGAGAUGUCCCACCCUCCAACCCUUCAAGUAGCUUCCACACCCAGACUUUGACUCAAUUUCUUUCAGUCAAAGGCGAGGAUGAGCCAUUGAUCAAUGAUUCGGAAGGCGACGAUGAUGCCGACCUCAUAAUGGAAACUCCAACGAAGCCAAAAGAACAUGCUUCAUCUGAGCCUCAUGAGACUAUGCCAGAACAACAGACUGGAAUCAAGUCCUCACUUCCGAGUCUCGCUCAAUCCGUUACCCCAACCAACCGUCCACGCAGAUCAAUUAUCCCAUCUUCUAGUACAACAAUAGAUACACCGGGAACAACUCCGAUAGCACCGCGUUUUAGCAUGGCACAAAACUCGCCUCUGGCUGGAAAAUCUACUAACCUCAACGCACCAUCACCAAUUAUCAAGAAACUCAGCAAGACGACGAAGCUAGAUGAUCGAAUAAUUCAAGAUUCAUACAGUACAUCUCAUAGCUCCCCAGCUACGUCUGUACAGUCGCCGACUGUUAAAGUGACGCCGAGAAAGCAAAUUCGGUUCAAGAUACCUCCGGAGGAUAAAGAGAAUUUCACGCCCAACAGAUCCGAACCGAAGCCGCCAAAGCCGCCAAGAGGCAACCCAGGUCGAGAACCUAUGAAGGAGAUUCCGGAUUCCCAGUAUGAUUCCGAUGAAACUCAUAUGGAAGGCGAAGAGGUCGUUAGAGUACACCAGAAUGCUCCAGUAAACAAUGUCCCUGACAUAGAUGACACAAAUGACAUCGACGCCGCGGAGACAUGUUACGGUGCUAUCGGAGAUGAAACACAGGCCGAAAUUGACCGUAUCCCAGGUUUUGAUGAAAGCGACUCUCUAGAGGAAAGCCGAUCACGAUCAGUUACUCCCACGCCAAAGCCAAGACGGAAACAAAAGCAGAUCCUUCAUACGUCCCAAGCUGCAAGUGUUCCUGCUAUUGAUUCGGCUUCAACUUCCAUAGUCAAGGAAACGCCUUUAUCUUCCCCACGACCAGAACUGCCUGACGAGAAUGUGGCAAAUACGCAUACUCAAGUCUAUACUCAAGGCCUCCAGAGUCAACGAUUAACUUUAGAAACAAUCCGCUCUUUAGGGCCUCAAACUCGCACUUCCGAUAUCAUGGUGUCACUCCAUCCCGAACCCUUAGCGAGAAUCCUCGACCGUACCAAGGAUCACGAAUUUAGAAGUUGGAAUAUACCACAUACCGUAUGCCGUGUAUGGCUUUACUCAACCAAACCGCUUUCUGAGCUGAAAUACAUGUGUAUCCUUACGCCCCCGAAAACACCCGGAGAAAUCGAGGACGAGAAGGGAAUCGGAAACGCCGAGUUUAAUCAAGGAAAUCAGUCUGCUAAAUUCGCUUAUGAAAUAUUGCAGGUCUAUGAACUCAACAAUCCGGUUUCUCUAGACGAGAUGAAGAAUAAGGGUUGGAUAGCUGCGGCUCCGCAGAAGUUCAUUUGGGUUCCUACGGCAGUUGUUGGAGAACUCACUGCCAAUUUGAAGUGCGCUUUAUUCGGGGAAGAAGAGCAGGACGCAGAGGACGCGCUCGUGGCAAGCUACCCAAAUGUAACCGAGUCACAAGAAUUAAACGCACAGCUUCAGAGUGACGUCGAUUAUUCGACACAGCGCCAUUCUCCUGGGAAUGUAAAUGAAGCGAUUCCCUCAACGCAAUCGCCAAUCAAGUCAUCCGGCAAAAAGGGUCAGUCUGGAGAUAUUAGGGAUUUUGCGAAACCGGCUCUACCUAGAUUGGCGUCAGGUUCUUCAGUUCGAUCACAGCGAGAACCCCUGGGCGAGAGAUCGCAAGGGUUAGCUAGACCCUCGCAAGCUACAACAGUCUCGAGCCCUGGCGUAUCUCCCGAGAAGUCGCUUCCUCAAGCUAUACUCAUUCCUAGCGAGGCAACAAUUCACAGCAUCCAUAGCAGCAGUCCAACACCUUAUCGGAACACACGAAAUAACUCCCUAAGAUCUUCACAAUUCCUGACGCGAAGCCAGAUGCUGCCGGACAGCUUAGUUAACGAGGAAAUUCAGGAGCCGCCGCCGAUUAUAUGGGACUCGGAGGACGAGCAUUCUGAUUCAUGAACAAUUAGCAAGAUUACGGUUUUCGGCGUUCGCGGGGGUAUUGCAUCGAUAAGUCAGGCGUUUACCCUAUGACAUAGGUGAUGAAAAAAGGGGGAGUACUACGCAGUUUGGAGUUCUGGUAUGCUAGGCUAGGCUAUGAUGCUAGGUUUUCUUUCAGGGCACAUCGGAAUCAGGACAGUAAUCGACAGCAUUAGAUUAGGAGUCAAAUAUCCUAUCUCCUCAUGCGCGCUUUUUAUGCUGAUUGUGGAUCAAUAUUAAAUGUUGACCCCAGUGAAAUAGUA